AUGAUGGUGGUCUUUGUGGUCAUGAUGAUGGUCAUGGUGGUUUUUGUCAUCAUGGUGGUUUUUGUGGUCAUGGUGAUGAUCAUAAUGAGAGUAACCAAAAAGUUUGUACAAAAGUUGGUGAUAGUCAUGGUGGUUUUUGUCAUCAUGGUGGUCUUUGUGGUCAUGAUGAUGGUGGUCUUUGAGGUCAUGAUGAUGGUCAUGGUGGUUUUUGUCAUCAUGGUGGUUUUUGUGGUCAUGGGGAUGAUCAUAAUGAGAGUAACCAAAAAGUUUGUACAAAAGAUGGUGAUGGUCUCGAUGAUGUGGGUGACUAUGAUGAUGAUCAUAGUGGUCAUGAGGAUGAUGAUGAUGAUGCGUGUUAUCCAGGUGUUCAAAGCACUUAUCUACAUGCUCAUGCAGAUCCUGGAUCUUCUCCUGCAGGGCAAUUUUGAAGCCUUUGGGGUCCAGGGCUUCAAUGUAGUGGACGGCACUCUCCUUCAGCCCCUCCAGCUUGGAACGGGUCUGAGCUGCCAGCUCCUUGGCGUGGUGGUGGACGUCAGCUUCCAGGUAGAGCAGAAAAUGCUCCAGGUCUUGCUUCAGAAGGAGAAACAGCAUCAGUCCAGAGAGAGUGACCUUUCAGCCUACAAGAACCCAAAGAUCCAUCCUGCAAGCAUGUCAAGAUACUGUCCUGGAGGCGAGUGUCUGAUAUCCCGCACAUAG